AUGUCUGGUAUCGAGAUUGCCGGCCUUGCUUUCGGUAUUCUGCCGCUACUAGUUGAAAUUGUGAAAUCAUAUUCCACAAUCCUGCGGAAAGCGCGUACAUUCCGCCACUACGGGAAGACAGUCAAAUCCAUCUCCGCUCAACUGGACACUCAACAUGGCAUUUUCAUGAAUGAAGUUCGUUUGUUGUUGCGCUCUGUUGAGGGAGAAGAGGCGAUUGAAGCCAUGUUGGAAAACGAGGACGAUCGACGUUGGGCAAGCAGAGAACUGGGCGACAAACUGCACCUAGUCCUUCGUGAGAACUUCACUGUCUGUCGGGGAAUCAUAGAAGAUAUCAAGGAUUCGAUCGAGGAGCUGAGGGAAAAUCUAAAACGAUUCGACAUUUUCUGGGAGCGAAAGCCCAAGGGCGAGUCCAUCAAAUCAGUCAUCAAACGCUUGAAAGGGGCUGUUCAGAUUACACUUGACGAAACACGUCACAAAGUAUGCCUGACGUCUUUGCGAAAUAGGAAUGGCGAUCUAGGCAUGCUUCGGUCUCAGAUCUGUGCUUUCCAAGAAUGCACUGCCAGUAGGCAGCAAACUGUACUGCCAGCAAGCUACAAUGCUAUACAAACCGCGGCUAAGAAACUUCAUGAAGCAAUCUGUGAAGCUUGGUGUUGCGAUGAUGCCGCACAUCGUGGGCACUAUGCUAAGUUGUGCCUUGACGCCCACUUGCAAGCUGAAGUCCGGCUUGACCUUGCCAUAUCCUGCCACGAACCAGAAGCAAGUUCUGCAGAUAGUUCGACUUAUCCGCCUCCAGUCUGGCUACACGUCCAAUCAAUGAGUACAUCAAGCCUGAGUAGCAAUGUCGCGAUACAACCAAAGCCUUCCGCCGACCUGCAGUCGUUAUUGUCACUUGAAAUUCUUGCACCAUGUGCUGUAAACACGCUCAAAAAAAAGGCCUCGUCCGAACUCAAGCGAUCGUCUACCUCUUGCAAGAAAGUCAAGCAAAUACGAGCCAUCAAUGUACCGCCCAUCGAUUACAUUGUUCCGACCAGCAUGUCAUCCACAAUACCAAUGAAGAUCAUCGAAGUCAACUUUAGCCAGACAAAAAACAUGUGUCACUAUAUCCGAAGUCAUCACGAAGCAAUGAGAGCAGCCGCGAACACUAAACGUUGCAUUGGGUUUCUCGACAGCCCACAGAUGUACAGGCAUCUCUUCUACGUCCAAGAAGAUGAUCAACGCAUAAAUCGCCAUGCAAGCAAAUUAUAUUCGAUCUUUGAUGUGAUGCGGUACGAUGCAGAGGAAGCGCUGAGUGUUGAAGAUCAACUCAGGCUAGCACACAAGACUUCACGAGCCAUUUUGCAAUACAACAACACGCCCUGGCUGAAUUCACGUUGGCGCUUACAAGACAUUAAGUAUUUCGGUCCGAACGACUGCCUCGAUGACGAUGCUCUGAAGACACUGCAUGUCUCAUCUCAGCUAUCAUCACCAACGCAGAAGCCAGGUGCAACAUGCCACAUGGAGGACGUUCAGCAGAAGAUUCAAAACGCCGUUAGCGACGAGAUACGCUAUGGAAUCAACAACAUGACGUUGUUCUUUCUUGGUGUUGCUCUCCUGGAGAUUGCCCACUGGAAACCGAUCGAAGAGCAGAUGACAGCCCGAGAUCUUAAUGACGAGGUCUACGCUGCGCGUCGUAUAGUUUCUCAGCCGACGCAAUUAGGUCCAAUAUACCAAAAGAUCGCGCGGAAGUGUCUACAGUGCAACUUCGGGGCUGAACCAGAUCUAAGCAAGAAGAAGCUGCAGACAGCAGUGUAUAACGAUGUGAUCUGCGAACUAGAAAGCAUGAUCGAGAAAUUAGAGAUAUGA